UGGGAGAUUGGAGUCGAAGAGGAAGUUGGGAUAGCACAAUAAUAUCACCACAGUCGCCGCCCUGACGUUCACCAGACCGAAAGAAGAUUUUGAAAAGUUUUUUUUUUUCAAACGUUUGCUCCCGCAAAAUUGCGACUUUUCCAUAGCAGAACAAUGGUACACUGGUAACCUUGGACUGAUGGUGGUGAAGAUCUGAAUUUGGGGGACGAGAGCACUGUGUCGCAUGUCUAAGAUGCAGUCAGACACCUCCGUGGGUGACCAUGCGCCCCUGCUACCGGACGGGUGCUUUUCUACGGCUCUCCAGCUGGACUGCCACUCAGAACCCGGGGAGGAGAAUUAUGGCAAAUCGCCGAGGCCGGUUCAGAGGGUGGAGCUCUCCAUGGCCCUGCCCCUUUCAUUGAAGGAACCAAGGGAAGUGGUGCUCAGCACCCAAAGCCAGGCGGCCAUGAAACUGGGCACCCAGCAGCUGAUCCCCAGGAACCUGGCGGUGGCCACCCGGACCAAGACGCGCCACCACACCACCGUGGGCAUCAUGCCCGUGCCCCGGGUGCCCGAGGUGCCCCAGGUGGAGGACGCUCCGCCCGUGCGUUCGGAGGUGUCCUGGGAGGACUACGACAGCGACGGCGAGGGCGUCUCCAUCCGCAGGAACCGGCGAAAUAAGUCCUACCGAGCCGCCGUCACGAGCCUGGACAGCAGGCCGCUGCCCGCCAGCAAAGCCAAGACCUCGCUCGGCGUGCUGAGUGAGGAGGCCUCGCCCACCGCUGAGUCAGCGGCCAGCUCCCGGCCAGCAGUCACCCCUCACGAGGCCCGCCUGGGACCUGGCAAGAGAACUCUGGGAAGGAAGAAGAACCAGAAAGGCAGAGGAUCUUUUAAAGAUGACCCCCGGCUGUACCAGGAGAUCCGGGAGCGAGGCCUCCGCUCCGGCGGCCAGGACACGGACGAGGAGCUGCUGGAGGAGCCCGCCGAGGCCGAGCGCUCCGAGCGGGACAUCGUCGUCAAGAACUACCGGCCCACGCAGGUCACCUGGAGCCAGCUGCCGCAGGUGCAGGAAAUGGGCAUUCUUGAGAGCAUCUCAGCCGAGGAAAGAAAGCGCCAGGAGGCCAUAUUUGAGCUCAUCACCUCCGAGUUCUCAUAUCAGCACAGCCUGGGCCUCCUGGUGCAGAAGUUCCAGGGCAGCGAGGAGCUGCGUCGCACCAUGACCCCCAUCGAGCACCACCACCUGUUCUCCAACAUCGCUGACAUCCAGGCCGUCAGUCAGAGGUUUUUCGAGGCCCUGGAUAGCCGUCACCAAGACAACCCUUUGAUCAAAGACAUCAGUGACAUCGUGCUGGAGCACGCGACCACGCACUUUCAGCCCUACAUCACCUACUGCUCGAACGAGACCUUCCAACAGAGGACCCUGCAGAAGCUGCUUGCAGGCAAUGCUGUGUUCAGGGAGGUUCUGAAGCGGAUUGAGAACAGCACUGAGUGUGGAGGUCUGCCUGUCAUCUCCUUCCUCAUUCUGCCCAUGCAGAGAGUGACCCGCUUGCCAUUACUAUUGGACACAAUCAGCCAGAAGACAGACGAAGAGACUGAUGAGUACAUCAGUGCAGUGCAGGCUCUGAAAGCAAUCAGUAAGCUGGUGAAGAAGUGUGACGACGGAGCGAGAACCAUGGAGAGGACGGAGCAGAUGUACACCAUCCAGAAACAGAUGGAUUUCGGCAAGAUCAAGCCUUUCCCGCUCGUGUCGUCCUCCCGCUGGCUUCAGAAACGAGGGGACCUGGCUGUCUGCACCGAAGAGCUCGGCAUCUUCUGGAAGGCCUUUGGCCAAAAGAGCUACUACCUGUUCCUGUUUAAUGAUGUGCUCAUCGUCACCAGGAGGAAGAGUGAGGAUAGUUACGUGGUGAUGGACUACGCCACCCUGGAGAAUGUGGAGGUGGAGCUGCUACACUCAAACGGACAGCUAUCCCCGCCUAUCAAACAGAGUGGCUCCUCCCCAUUCACCAUGAAGCUUCUGAUGAAGAGGAAGAGUGACGGGCGUGCCGAGCAGAUCGUCCUGGCCGCCGAGUCUCCGCUUGAACGGGCUCGCUGGGUGACGGCACUGAGGAAACGAAAGCAAGCGGAGAGCACCAGCAGUAAGGAAGACCUGCCACAGUGCGAGGUGACCAAAGCCUACAUCCCCAAGAGUCCGGACGAGCUGGGGCUACAGCAGGCUGAGGUGGUCAUUGUCCUUCAGAAAGAGGAGGGCUGGUGCUACGGGGAGCGGAUGCGAGACGGAGAGACGGGCUGGUUCCCUGCGGGCUGCGCCACGGAGAUCACCAACCGCACGGCCGUCCAGCGCAACGUGCGCCGCAUGGAGCGGAUCCGCAAGGAAACCGACGUGUGAGCCGCCCCACCAGGAGGGGGGGCCGGCGAGGCUGCGGGACCAAGUGGUCCACCCACGUGUUGUUCAGAAACCUGCUUUACCUCCCUCGCCAUUUAAACAGACGUUCACAAGGAAAGGAGUGAGCCCGUUCUAAUGCAUACUAGUAUAAUUAGGAAAAUUUGAGCUGAAUUUCCUGUGCAACAUGCCAUUUGUAAAUUAUUUUUUAAUGUCCCAGUAAAACUGCAUCCAUGGCCGCUCACUGCCUUCUGAUUAAAGUUAGCGUUCAUUAGAUAUAAAGCCCUACCCUGAAAUAUGACCAAGAAGCAAAUAUUCCCAUAGUAUGGUGUACUAGGUUUUGACUUUUACAGUACAGCUCAUAAUUCCUACAAGAGAGCUAGAGCAGGGCCAAAUAAAGUCUUGUUUUGAUGGAUGUA